AUGGGGGCCAAGGAUUGGGGUCAGAUCAUGAUCCCAGUACAGGUUUGGGCAAGGUUCAAUGUAUGUGCCCAAGAUCCAGGGUUGGGUUUGGGUUCAGGGAGGGGAGGAGUUUUAAGGUCAAGAUCGAAGUUGGGGCCUGGGUUAGGAUCAAGGUCUAGGUUCAAGUCAAGGGUCCCAUUUGUGUUUAGGUUGAGGAUUCAAGGUCUUAGGUGCAAGUUUGGGCCUAUGUUGUCUGUUGGUGUCUAA